UUGUGGCUUUAUGAUGUUUUACGGUGACUUGGUUUGAAGCGAACAGCCUUUUGACUUGUAGUCCACUGCCAGCCAGUUAGUCAAAUGAAUCAAAACGGUGGAUAAAGACACUGCAGCUCAUCUAUGCUGGACGACCCAUCUUCCUAACAACACUCUUUAGCUGCUAUCUACUGCAUAAUACCACAUACAACUGUAAACAUGUGGUGACAUCGGACAUAGAUUUGAAUUCUCCAGGAAAGAGUGUAGACUUUACAAUGGGAGAUCGAGUCAACAACUUUCCUCCCCUGCCUAAGUUCAUCAGAAUUAGGCCAUGCUUUUAUCACAACAUCGAAGAGGAAAUUCCUGCUGCCCACCAGCAGUUAGUGCGCAGAGUCUACACACUUUGGAUGAUGUAUUCGGGCACGCUGUGCAUUAAUGUGAUCGGGUGUAUUGCCUGGUGGGCUGGGGGUGGAAAUGCCACCAACUUUGGCUUCUCCCUGCUCUGGCUCAUCCUCUUCAGUCCCUGUAGUUACACCUGCUGGUUCAGACCUCUCUACAAAGCUUUCAGGGCUGAUAGCUCGUUCAACUUCAUGGCCUUCUUCUUCAUCUUCUUCCUCCAGUGUGUCUUGUCUCUCAUCCAGACCAUAGGCAUAUCUGGCUGGGGAACAUGCGGCUGGAUUGCGACAGUGAUGUUUUUCAGCCAAAAUGUGGGCUCCGCUAUAGUGAUGCUUAUCACAAGUCUGCUCUUCACUCUGGUGACUGCUUUAAUGGCACUGGUUCUCAUUAAGGUGCACAGACUCUACCGUGGCGGUGGCGGGAGUUUGGAGCGAGCUAAGGAAGAGUGGAGCAGCGGCGUGUGGAAGAGCGGACCGGUGAGAGAAGCCGGGUUCAAUGCCGUCGCUCAGAGUGCUCAAGGCCCGAGCUUGCCACAGUACCCUACAUCAGUGCCAAGCUAUCCCGACAACAGUCAUUGGUGAUAGCGACACUGGCCUCUAGGUGGAGACAGAUAGCUGGCCAUUUCUGCGAUGCACAAGAGCGUCAUUCAAAACAUCAUAUCAAUUCACCCUUAUGGCAAAGUGCAUAGAUGUUUUGGGGUUUUUGAGUGAGAGGAAAGGAUUAUAAAAUGAUUUAUCAAACAGUUUUGGUAGCAAAGCUCAUUAAAGCCCUACAUUUGUUGUGGAGGUUUAUCUUCAAAAUAUGCCAUUCCAUUUCCACUUUGUUUACAUGUAAUGUUUUAAAGUGAAUAAGACAGAAAUACAGUUUUAUGCUCAAAAGAAAUUUGCUUAGGAACGUUUUUGCAGAUAUGCAACUGGAAACUCAAAAAGAGUGUGAACAGCUUCAGGAUAGCAGUAUGUGAUGGGCAUGUGCCUUAUGGACCUUUUAUGACUUAUUAUUUUAUGUGCUGCCAGAUCUGCAUGCUAGAUAUUGUAGUAUGAUUAAGAAGAAGUUUUUUUUUUCUUUU